AUGACUAACCCUUCUUCCUCUCUGCCUACAGAAGACACUCCUACCUGUAUGGAGUGCUUCAGCGCCACCUGUCGAGACAACCUCCAGCCAGGACUGACAAACACACAGCGAGAAACCCAGCUGCUCACCACCGGCUACUUCAGCACUUUCCCUCCAAAACCUUACGGCAAAUGCAGUCAUGGAGGUAUUCUGGACAGUAGCCGCUAUAUGGGGGCCAAAGGGGGCAUCAACAAGGACAGCACCUCCCCUGUCUUCUCCCCUCACCACUAUCUCCAUAUGGAGGCUGCUAAUUUGGCUAUGGAGGCCACCCUGAGUGUACUGAGAGACCUCGGUGACACUGUGGGCCCUGAAACGUUCCUCAGGCUCUUCAGUGUGAAGCAGAUCCCUGCGUUGGUCUUUGUCAUGGACACCACAGGCAGCAUGUUUGAGGAGAUCACUGCCGCUCGCUUCAGGGCUCACUCCAUCAUCGAGAGCAGAGCCAGCAACCCUGGGCUGCCUGGCACCUAUGUACUGGUGCCUUUCCACGACCCAGAGGUUGGACCCGUGUUUGAGACCGAUGAUCCAAACCAGUUCAUCCAGCAGAUGGAUAACCUGAUGGCGCUGGGAGGAGGAGACGAGCCAGAAAUGUGUCUCUCUGCCAUUCGGCUGGCCCUCACUCACAGUCCUCCACUGUCAGAGAUCUUUGUAUUCACUGAUGCCUCCCCUAAAGAUGCCCACCUGUUUGACGCUGUGAAGGCUCUGGCACUUGAGAAACAGAGCAAGGUGACGUUUCUUCUUACUGAAGACCCCAAAUAUACAACAGAGAGCAGAGGCAGGAGGAAGAGGAGGAGGAGGAGGAGGAGGAAGAGGGAACCUUUGUCUCCUGACCGUUUCUCUCUUUACUCCACCCUGUCCUCCCUGUCAGGAGGUCUGACGAUAUUCACCACCAACUCUGACAUCCGCUGGGUCUCGGCCAUAGUGGAGGAUAACACAGCCACUGAGAAGGUGACCCUCCUCCAUGUGGAAAACGACCAAGAUUUGAUGUCCUCCCAUUCCUUCAGAGUUGACAGCUCAGUAAAAAACGUCACACUGCACAUCACUGGCAUCCUGACAGAGUGCAUCCUGACCAGUCCGUCAGACCAAAGGCAGUCUCUGCUGAGCGGGGACGGCCCCCUGGCAGCUUUAGACCACUUUGAGGGUCUGUACCGCAUCAGCCUGCUCUCUCCCACACAGCCAGGCCAGUGGAAGCUCCAAGCCAAGAGCGACGGACACCUCACCUUCAAUGUGAUAGGUGAAAGCAGUGUGGAUUUCCUGUAUUACUUUGCCACGGUAACCAAUGAGACACACCCAGGGUUAGAAAGAGUGGAGGGAAGUCCAGUAGCAGGUGUUCCUGCCUUUCUGGUGCUGGCUGUGACGGGCCUGGCUCCGGAUGAGGAAGCGUCUUUCAGUCAUGUGACGCUGCUGGGAGCUGACGGGGAGAGCCUUCAGCAGGUGAAGCUGAACGCCUCCUCCUCUUCCUCCUCAUCAUCCUACUCUGUGGAGGAGUUGGUGGGAUGGGUGGACUCGGUUCCCACAGCUCCUUUCUGUGUGAGACUAACGGGCCGAGACAGCAGAGGGAACAAGCUGGAGAGAGUUUCCACAGAGAGGGUUCAGCCCACUCACGUUCAGAUACAGGUGUUGUCUGUCCCCCGCCUGAUACCCGGUAACAGCACGAUGGUGGACUUUGACAUCCUGAACCGUGGCCCGGCCCGACUCUUCAGUCUGACUGCUGAUGACGACUGUAAAUAUCUACAUAAGAGAGGACCUCACAGCUUCCAUGUUGCAGAACAAGGGUCCUUCCGCGGUCAGGUGGCCCUCCACACCCCUGCUACGGCUCAGGCAGGAGCUACCGUCACCCUCACACUCACCGUGCGCGCUCUGGACUCCUUAGAAUCAAAUUACGCAGUGGCCUAUUUGACUGUGAUCCCUCCGGAUCCGGACACGACCCCUCCCUCCUGCUCCGCGGCACGAGUACAGUCCACCUGUCCCGCCACCUGCACUGAGUCCAGCUGGAGUGUUUCUCUGGUGGUCUCAGACAGGGGGCGCUCCGGCCUGGCCGCCCUCCAGCUGCAGAAGGGUGAAGGCGUUCUGACUUUAUUCCACAGCCCCCCACCCACAGAGGAAAGCCUGGAGGAGACCCAGCAUCCGGCACACAAGGAUACAACAACCAUUGAAGGCCAUCAUCACCACCAUCACCACCACAAAGCCAGAUUACAGAGAGGAGACCCCCCUCUGAAUGUUACUGAUUGGGUACCGGGUUUGUCUCAGCCUCUGUGGGCAAGGUACUCGUCCAGCUGCUGCUCCCCUAAAGCUGAGCUGCUGGUGUGGGACACAGCUGGAAACAUGAAGCGCUGCCGCCUAACAUCAGGCCAGCAGACACAGCUGAGAGACAGGAGAACAGAGAGCAGCGGAGCCAGAAGGAUUACACUCACCAGCGUCUCCGUCCUGGUGGGGGGUCUGCUGGGGUCUUCUCUGCUCUAGGUCCAUGGGAUUACAGAUGUUUUGCAGGUCAAACCAAUCUGCGUGCUGAUCAUUGGAAAAGAGAUAAUAGAGAGACAAUAAGGACAGAGGUAAAACUGAACAAAACUAAUUUAGAAUUGAAAUAAAUGCACUUGAUACAAAAAACUGUCCUUUUCGAUGAUAAUGUGAUUGCUACUGUAAUUUGUGAAGAAGUUGCACUGAAUAAAGAAUAAAUCAUUU